AUGACUACUACGAAUAAGAAUGAGAACGGGGACAUAGAGGGGACCUCUAGUUUCCACGAUGAAGGCCCGGAAAAGAAUCACACUGAUUACAAGCUAGUCGACAAGGAGGUUGCCAAAUAUGCGACCGAAACAGCUAUACAUAUUGAUGAGGCGACCAACAAACGACUACGACGAAUGAUCGAUAAGCGAAUAUUGGUGGUGAUGAUGUUCACAUAUUUGAUUCAGACGUUGGACAAGGGGGCGAUGUCUUUUGCUUCAAUAAUGGGUAUUAUGGAGGAUGCGCAUUUAGCAGACAACCAGUAUCAAUGGCUGACGACCGUCGUUUAUCUCACUAUUUUGGUCGUUGAGUAUCCGGAAAACUGGAUCAUUCAACGGGUGCCAAUUGGAAAAUGGCUUUCUGCGAACAUCUUGUUGUGGGGUAUUUGCAUCACACUCAUUUCCGCGAUGAAGAGCUUUACCGGAUUGGUUAUACUUAGAGCGCUCAUGGGUGCCUUUGAAGCCGCAUGCCAGCCGACCUUUGUUAUUCUGUCUGCCACAUGGUACCAGCGAGAAGAGCAAGGAAGUGUCAUCAACUACUGGUACAUGAUGAAUGGACUCCAAAAUAUUGUCGGCGGUAUUCUGGCUUUCGGAUUUUCCUUCGUGCCUUCCUGGUCUCCGCUCAAGUCGUGGGAAGCAAUGUUCAUGACUUACGGGUUGAUCACUGUGAUAUGGGCGGUAUUUGUCUAUUUCUGGAUGCCGGACUCUCCUAUGAGAGCAAAAUGCUGGUCCGAAGAAGACAAGCAAUUGAUGGUAGAGCGAGUGCGUCAGAAUCAGACUGGUCUGCAGAACCGAAACUUUAGAAAGGAACAGGUCUGGGAUGCAUUGACUGACCCCCAAUUGUACGCAUUCGCGCUCAUCCAGCUUCUGACAUCUAUCCCAUCGGGCGGAAUCGGCGCCUAUGCCAACAUCAUCCUUAAAUCAUUCGAUUUUACCACUUGGGAAAGUCAACUCCUCUCCAUGGUCAUCGGGGCGGUAACAACAAUCACCAUGGUUGUCUCGGCUUACCUAGAUCGCAAAUUCCACCAGACUAUCUGGAUUAUGAUUGCAUCUGUCAUCCCUUCUAUCCUGGGAUCCUCAGUUCUUCUUGGGAUCCCAUUCACCCCAAGCAAGAGAGUCGGCAUGCUCAUCGCAUACUGGAUCUUCUAUUCCUUCUUUGCGGUCUCGUCUCUCUCUCUCGCUCUCCUCUCUCGAAAUGUCGCUGGCCAAACCAAGAAAUCUUUCAUCAUUGCCUGUAACUUCGUGUUCUGGGCUGCGGGUAAUUCAAUCGGUCCUCAAGUGUUCCGCGAUAAAGAUGCGCCGCGGUACUAUCUCGCUUUUUCGAUUUUAUUGGGGUGCUUUGGUCUGGUCAUCCUCAUUCUUCUCGCUUUGAGAGUCUGGUAUAGUCUUCAAAACCGGAAGCGGGAUGCUAGGAUUGCGUCGGGCGAGGUUAUUGCUGAUGUUAACUAUACUCACGCAUUUGAGGAUAUCACCGAUCGAGCGAACCCUCAUUUCCGAUAUGUUUACUAG